AUGGGAUACUUAUUUAUUGAUGUCCUUAGUGAAAUUGCUUUUUACAAAAAUCCAACAUAAUUAUCAGAUAGAUAUUUUAAAGUUCAACUCUUAAUUUAUGCUUUACAAUUUUUAGCGCUAUUAUUUCCUAAUGAUGGAUGGAAUUUAUGGAAUUAUGAAUAGGAUCCAAUAUUUAAAUAUUAUAAGUAAGUACUUAAUUGCUUUUUAAUUUUACCUAUUAUGAUAAAAGAAAAAAUUCUUCAAUAAAUAAUUUCAGGAACUUUUUUUGUCAUUUAGUCAUCUAUUAUUAUAUUUAUUUCUAUUUUAACUUUAUUUAGAAAGAUUUCACCAAAUACAGAUUUUAAUAAUGGUAUACUUCACUUUAUGUUAAGAGUCGCUAAUUUUUAUUUUCUACACAUUAAUUUUUCAAUAGGUAAUUUAUUUCUGAUGUUUUAUGGAAAUGCUAUUUUUUGUUAAAAGUUCCAAUAAUUUUAAGAUUAAAAAUGUUCUUAACAUCCAAUAUUUUUUCUUGGAUUAGCAGGAACAUUUCUGACAUUAUUAUCAUAAUAUAUAGGUGUUUAUCUAUUUAGAUCCUUCUCAUUUAAACCUUUUUCUAAUUUAUAAAGUAAGUAUUCAAUCAAUUAAGUGCUUAAUAUCCUAUUAAAAGCAAUUAUGUUUGCAGUAUAUUUACUUGAAACUAAUAGUUUUAACAUCUAUUUAUUUUUUAUUCUCAUAAAUUGUUUAAUCUUGCUAUAAAUGAUUGAUAAUCUUUUCUUAAAUUCCUAUUAUCCUCCAAAUAAUGAAUUUAAUUUUAAAUUAUACUUAACCCUUUUCUCUAUAUCUAUUCUAAUCACACUAAACAUUCUUUCAGAAAAUUCUAUAUUAAAAUAAAAUAUAAUACUUGAAAGUGUUAUGUUAAUUGGAUCUUUUUCAUUUUAUUUUUCUGAAGUUAUUUUUGAGAGAAAAAUAUUUCAUUAAUCUCACUAAAUACUUUUAUCAUAAAGCAAAGCAAUAGACUUGGUUUAAAGGAUUUAUGAAUUAUCAUAAGAUUUAAAAAAAACAGUGAGAUAGAAAAAACUAUUUUAUUAUUAUACAUAUAUUGUAUAUAAUAUAUAAAGAGAUAAAAAUAUUCAUAAUUAAGAUUUUUAAGAUCUUUCAUCAAGAAAAUUUAUUAUAUAAUUUUUGUAGAGACAAUUAAAAUUAGCAAAAUAAAAUGGAAAAGUAUCUUUUGAAGAUAUGUAAUUAAUCUACACUAAUUUUUUGUCUCAUUAUUGCAAAAAACCAUUACUAAGUUUAGUUGAAUUUAGAAAGUAUGAUGUUUUUAAUUAAUAACAAUAAUCCUACUUCUUUAAAUUUAUGAAGAAAUAAAUCAACAACAAUUUACAAUAGAGUGUUUAAAAACAACAAUUAGUCAAUAUUUCUUAGACCUAAAAUAGAGAAUAAGAAAAAUAAUCUUUAGAUAUUGUGCAUAUAAGUAAAUCAAUAAUUUUUGAAGAGCUUUACAUUCCAAAUAUAAUAAGGUUAAUAGAUGCCAAAAUUUACUUUUGGUAACAGUUAAUAAAGGGUUACAAUAAUAUUUAGGAAUUUCAAAAGGAAGCAAUUGAUUUGAGUAAGAAAGUGUAAUCACUUCAAAGAUAGUUAUUAUCAAAUUUAUCUUUUGACAUAGAAAAUAUUGGACAUUUAGGAACAAAUUGCAAUGUUUUAGAAUUGAAAAUUGCGUCAAUUUUUUAUAGCUCUAUUAUGAAUGAUUAUUAUAAUUCGGCUUAAUGCGAAUUUCUUAUAUAAGAAAUCUUUAAUAUAGAGCAUACAUUAUCUUCUGAUGUUAUAACAAACUUUACAUUAGUUGAGGAUAAAGUAGCAUUAAUAAUGAUAAGUUUAGUUAAGAAUUUAGGUUAAAUAAUUAAUUAAGAUAAAAGAGGAUUGUCUUAGUACUUUGGUUAUGAUGAUAAAGAAUUUCAAUAGAUAUAGUAUAUUAAUUAAUUAAUGCCUCCAUUUUUAUCUGUGAUACAUGAUAACCUAUUAGAAGAUUAUUUAUAAUAAGCAAAGUCUAAAUUAUUUUAAUCUUAUAAUAUUGUUUUUAGUUAAGACAGAUAAGGUUAUUUGGUAGCAUAAUAAUUAAAGAUUGACAAUAAUUUUCUAAUUUAAGAUGAUUAUGUAAUAAUGGGAUGUUUGUCUUAGGUGAAAAGAGGAGUAGAUUUUUUAAUAUUUGGAGAUGAUGGAAAAAUUUUGGGUAGCACUUAAAAUUUCUUUUAAACUUACUUUUAAAAUUAAAAUGAAAAGUUCAAUUUGUAAAGAUUGAUCAAUUAGUGCUAUAUAUAUAUGUUUUUUCCUUAAGUAAUAAAAAUUAUAGAUUCAUACAAAAAUUAAUUAGUUUCAUAGGAUAAUGAAGGGAUAUAUAUAGAAGAUACUUGUAUAUUUUAGGUUAGAGAGAAUCUAUUAGAAUUGAUUACACUUUUUUAAUCAUAAAGUAUAAAUAUGCCAAAGAGUAGUCAUUUUGGGAAAUCUUAUCUACCAAAAAAAGUAUAAAUUUCAGAAGGAUCUUUAUCUAGGAGAGUUGGAACAAUUUCGAUACAACAAAAUGAUUAAUAAGAAAAGGAAUAAAAUUAAUUAGCAUAAAUUGAUUUAAAUAUUAGAUAAUCUGAAGAAUCUUUAAAACCAAUUUAAUAUAAUGGAAUUCCAUUAUUAAAUAAGUAAUAUUAAAAUGAAAUUUUUUAAUAUUUAGAGAUCAUUGAAGUAUACAUAAAUUUAAAUACAAUAGGAGAAACCAGCAGAGAAAUAUUUUAUAAAAUUUUCACUAAAUCUAAAAAAUAUUGGCAAGGAGAAUUACCACAGAUGUUUUUUUGUUUUAGAGAUUGUUGAUAUAAGGAAAAAAGAUCUAAUAGGAAAAUCAAUAUCUGAAAAUCAAAAUCAACAAAUAAAUGACAGUAAAUAUUAUUCGGUUUAAAAUAAUAAACAUAGUAAUAGCAUAUUAAAUUUUAGAUACAACUUAAGAGGAAGAAUAAACAAAAUUAAAUGUAUCUGGAUUUGCUUAAUCAGAAUAACCAUAUUCUGAAAUAGUACCUGUAAAUAAAGAUAUUGGUUGUGGAGUAACAGAUCUUUUAGAAAGACUAGGACCAUCAAAAAAGUAUAAAUAAGAUUAAGAUCUUGGUUUAUUCAAUUUAGAUUCUGCUAGAGAUAGUAUGAGUUAUGGUCCAUUAUCAUAAAGAGCUCACUUUAUUAAUCCAAAUUAAAAAGAAGGAGAGUUUGAAGAAAUAGUUAAAUUAGAUUAGGAUUUUAAUGCACUUGGAAUGUAGCUCAAUAGUGCUAGUGCAAUUAUGUAAAAAGGAAAAAAUUUUUAAUUAGAACCUGAAGAAGAAUUUGAUAUUGAUGAAUCACUUAAAUAAUAAAAAUAAUUAUAGCCUGGUAAAUCUAGUAGUGAAAAUGAAAAAGAAAAAAAAAAUGAUAUUUUAGAAAUAAUGAAAAAAAAUAAAUUGAAAGGUAAAAAUCACGAAGAAGAAGAUUUAGAAGCAUUAAAAUCUAAAUCAAGUAUGACUUCAGCUACAUCUGGUAAUUCAGCAAUAUAAAUAAUCAAAAAGUUUUAAAGCACCACUCAUCUUACUAAAGGACUUAAAUUUGUGUCACUUACUAGUUUAAGUGUAUUUAUUAUAACUAUAAUCUUAAUUACUGUUCAUUUAGUAAUUAUAACAAUAAGUAAUUAAGAUACUUCUUUAACUAUUAAUGAUAUAAAUGGUCCUUUUAUUUUAAACAGAAGUUAUUUGGAAGUUAUUUCAUUUACAUGGAGUCUUAUUGUAGGAACUUUAGAAAUUGUUGAUAUGAGUUAAUUUAUGAAAGAGUAAACAUAUAGUGAUCUACAUAAUACUACUAGUGAAUUAUAUGAUGAAAUUAAUAAUAUGUAUUUAGGAUUUAUUGAAGUAGAAUAAAGAGGAAUGUUAUCUACCUAAACCUUUACUUUUCUUAAAGGGAAUACAGAAAAUAUUAAAUUUCCUUAUUUUAUUAAUUUAAUUGAAGGAACCUUAGAUAGAGUUGUAAAAAUAGUAUAAAUUGAAAUCAAAGAUUUAUCUUCAAUAUUAACUAAAGAAUAUUUCGAUUAAUUAUUUUUAUUGAGAUAUAAUUUGAAUUAACUAUAUUUGAUGUCAUCAGAAUUAAUUGAAUCUUUGAAUAUUGUUUUUUUGUCACAAACUAAUGAUAGGGUUAAAGAGAUGUAAACUCAAGUAAUUGUUGAAGUAAUUUGCAUUGCUGUCAUUUUGAUUAUUGAACUGUAUUUUUGGAAACAAAUUUAAAAUUAUAGUUAAUAACUAAUGCUUUUAACAGGCAGGCUAUAAGAAAGCGAUGCAAAUGAAUCUAUUGCAAGAUCCUCAUUGAUUAAAGAAACUUUAACUUAAUAAAGUGGAAAAUUUAGCUGGAAAAAAUAAAAUUAUUAUGCUUUAAAUUAUUAAUCUUUAAAUACAUUAAAUUUUGAAAUAUUGAAUCAACAGUCUAGAAUUAUUAAAGAUUUAGCUUUAAAAAAUCAUUUUGACAUUAAUUAAAAUAAAAAUCAUCAGUAAGAAAAUAAUAAGAUUAAUAAAAAUUAAUAAUAAACGAAAAGAAAUGUUAAUGUUGUUUUAAGUUCAAGAAUUUAUAACACUUAAAUAAGUUUAUUAUCUUAUUCAAUUAUGUUACUCAUAAUUUUUAUCAUAAUAACAAUAAUGUUAUUUGGAGGUUUUUUGUUAUUUUCUUAAUAAAUUUCUGAUUUGAGACCUUCUUAAGAAUUAACUGGAAAUUAUGUUAAAUUCACAUAAAAGUUAGAUACUUUAAUGGCAUGUGCCUUAUUGCUUAAGACUUAGUAAUUAGUUUAUAACACUUUAAUUGAUCAAAAGAUUUAUGAUUAAGCAACAAUAGAUUCAUUCGUAUAAACAAACGAUAUUGUUGAAUUAUUUAGCGAAUUAAGUUAAAUUUAUUCAGAAAAUUUAACAUCAAUUUAUGAAAGUAUUUUAAAAUCAAACAAAAUUAAGGAGGAGGAUAAAUAGUAAUUAUUAACACUGUAUUAAGAAGAUUUUUGUUUAGAAUUAAGUGAUGAAAUACCUAUGUGUAAUUUUGAUGAUUUCGGAUUUGAAAAAUUUACUUAAUCUUUUGGAAGACCUGAUUUACCAUAAGAUGAUAAUUAGGAAUAUGUUAAUAAAGGUAUUAUUGGAGUAAUAAGCAGAUUAGAUACAUUAUUCAGUUAAUUUUUUGAUUAUGAAAUAGAAUUUAAAUAAUUCUAACCAGAUAUUGAUCUUUGUUUAAAACAAAUAAAUAUGAAAGAAUUUAGAAAUGCUGUUUUAUCUCAUUUUUUAGAUACUAAUGAUGGAACAAAUACAUUUUUAGAUGUUAUAUAUGAGAGUAUUUAUGAAAUAUUAAAGGAGAAUUUGAGUUACAUAUAUUUGUAUUAUGGAAUAGUUGGAGUAUUAGUUGGAAUGUCUUAUGCAAUAUUUUAUAUAGUGAUUAUAAUAAAAACUAAUAAUAAGUUAAUUAGAACAAGGUUAGCAUUAAUAACUUUACCAAUUUCAAUUUUAACAGAGUAACAUACAAUAUCAAUGUUAAAAAGGUUAAAUUGA